AUGGAAGAUAAAUAUAUCGGUAUACUGUUUGCUAUUGCAUCAUCCGUAGCGAUCGGUGGCUCUUUUAUAUUCACGAAGCUAGGUCUUAGAGCGGCAUCAGCCAAAAAUGACUACCAAGGGGCGGGGUAUGACUAUCUAAAAAAUCCGAUAUGGUGGAUAGGAAUGCUUGCCAUGAUAGUAGGCGAGCUCGCAAACUUUACUGCCUAUACAUUUGCUCCUGCGAUAUUGGUGACUCCUUUAGGAGCACUUUCAGUCAUAAUAGGGGCAGUUUUGGCUUCUAUUUUCUUGAAAGAGAAACUUGGAACGCUUGGGAAGCUAGGCUGCGGCGUUUGCCUUCUUGGGUCUGUAGUGAUAAUAUUUCAUGCGCCUUCAGAUAUAGUUGUUGACACUGUUGAUGAGAUUCUAGAGUAUGCCAAGCAGCCUGCCUUUGUUAUUUACGUUCUGGUUGUAACGAUUUUCUCGGUUUACAUGAUUAUGAAGGUAUGCCCAUAUUAUGGUGAUAGAGAUCCAUUGGUGUACAUAUCCGUUUGUUCUGCAGUUGGAUCUGUUUCUAUUAUGGCUGUCAAGGCGCUGGGAAUCGCUGUAAAAUUGACAUUAUCUGGUAACAACCAAUUUGUUCACGCCAGCACUUAUAUGUUUAUAACUGUGGUUGCAGGCUGUACUUUGAUUCAAUUGCACUAUUUCAACAAGUCUUUAGACAUCUUUGACUCAUCGAUUGUGAAUCCUAUAUAUUAUGUUGUUUUUACGACUGCCACCAUCACAGCUUCAUUAAUUUUGUUCCAUAAUUUCACUGAUAGCACAGCUACUGAUUCCAUUUCACUGAUCUGUGGUUUUCUAACUAAUUUUUGCGGUAUAUACUUGCUGAAGUUGUCAAGGGACAAUAACUAUGGACACACGUAUGCAAAUGAGUCUGAGGUUUUGAAUAUUCCCUUAGACAGUAACUUCGCAGCAUUCACAGUUCGUAAAUCAAACGAACGUGAAAGAGCUAGACUCAAAACAAGCGGUACUUCACAAAGCGAGGAGAUGGUUCAUUUAACUCAGUCACGAGACAGUACCGAUAUCAUUUUAUAA